CCCAUUUCUUCCAUUAAAAUCCCUCCUCUCCCCUCCCCUCCAUUGAACCAAACAUACCCUUAGCGCACUCAUCACACCCCUCCCAAAAAAAAAAAGGAGCAGAAAAAUGGCGUGUAUGCACGAUCACAGCUGUGAAGAGCACGAUUGCUCCUCCGAUUGGUCGCUCUACAAGCACAUAGAUCUCUCCAAGGUAUCCGCACUGAAUGAAGCUGUUUCUGGAAGUGUGAAGUCAGUAUUCAGAGCUUGGGAGCAGCGUCUUAACUCUGCCGAGGGUCACUUGGAAAGCAAUGACGGUGAUCCUGAGUUGAUAGUCUUUAUUCCAUUUACAUCAGAUGUGAAGAUCAAGAGCAUAUCAGUUGUUGGUGGCGCUGAUGGGACAAGUCCUGCAAAGAUGAGAGCAUUCAUCAAUCGGGAAGGAAUUGAUUUUUCAGAUGCUCAAAACAUGCAAGCUGUUCAGGAGUGGGAAUUAGCAGAAAAUUUGCACGGAGUCCUAGAAUACCAGACCAGAUAUUCGAAAUUUCAAAGUGUUGGAAACAUCACUCUGCAUUUCCCAGAUAAUUUUGGAGGCGAUACAACUCAGAUACAUUACAUUGGGUUGAAAGGAACAGCAACUGAGCUGAAAAGGGAUGUUGUUGCCACAAUUGUGUAUGAGCUCAUGCCCAAUCCUUCAGAUCACAAAACCCGGUCAGAGACAGGGGGUGGCCUCUCACAGGUGGAGUAAGUGGAUGGAUUACAUAGCUGGGGCUUCUUCUCUAAAUGGGUUUUAAUGUUAAGAAAAAUCAUGUCAUGAGAUAAUGUCCGGCUCUUUGUAACUUGAGAAAUAUGGCAUUGUUUUCGAGAAAAAACUCAAUGCAUGUACCUUCUUUAGACCAUCGCAUCUCAAAUGCUUUGUUCACAUGUCAAAGUUCCAUGUUUGUGAGUUUCUUGAAGUUGACUCAAAAUUCUGGAUGUCAUUGCCUCAUUUUUCUUUUAAAAUUUUGACAAAUUCUGGUGAUUUUUACAGUGAGUAUCAACCCUGUUGAUAACUUUGCUAAGUUGAGUAAUAAAGUUGAACGUCGAUAAAGAUAAGGUGUAAUUGUCAUUGGCCUAAGAGUUACUAUGGUUGCCACAAAUGUGUAUUUUCGUUCCAUCUAUCUAUAGC